CGCCCUUCCUGAUUCCAUCAUUCCCGACUGACGCCCGUGCGUGCACGUCGCUUCUCUCCGCUCUUGCAACCUUGUAAAUACGUAGUUUAAUUCGUUAGACUAAGUUUAGUAAACAUAAACAUGUGUUUGGCUAAAGAUGAUUCACAAUCGCCCCAGAAGGAGGCUGUGUCACCGAGGUCGCCAUGGGCGAAGCUCCUUAAUCGUCAGAGCUCUAAGCCUCGACUGCCAAGGAAGGUGGCAUCCUCCACGCGGGUGAAUUUGAACAAGUGCUGGUCCAAGCUUGGGGAGCUAAUCUCCAACGCAUCGCCGCGCACUGACCUACCAUCACACAAGACUGCAUAUCCUGAAGAGCCCAUACUGGUGCCCUUCACCGACUUCUUCUACCCAGCUGAUCCGGUUAAACCGGUAGCUGUAGAAGAUAAUGACAACGCUGAGAAUCAAAACAUCCUCAACUCCACUCGUUUCGAACUUAUUUCCGAAGACCCAGAAGUCGACAACAUGGCUAAUGAAGUUCGAGAAAUCUGCUACACCGCCAACAGGACCUGCCUCGUAUGUAAACUUUAUUAGUUCAAAACUAAAUUUUCCUUUCCGAUAAUAGUUUUUGAUUCUUAAAGCAGUGAAACAAAAUCGUGUCUUCCAAUCAUAGAUUUAGUGCGUGCUCCUCCCAGAGCACAAAUCCAAUGUCUUCCAUUAGACUUAAGUGAACUCGAAUAGCGCAAGUUUCAAUUAUACCGGUAGUUGUUCUAAAUGUUUAUACGGGCAAUGUUUAUCGUGCAACUUGAAAUAUCACGCCAAUUCGAGCAUCGCACUUAGAUGCGGAGCAGAUACAACGUUCGGACCUAUAAGAUGUUCAUGUGAUUUAAGUUUAUAGUUUUCUGUGAUCUUUAGUAGUAUCUUCAUCUCUAGUUUAGACGUUGUGGCUGCUCCGCGAUAGUUUUUGUUUGUAACAGUACAACAGCAAGUUUGGUAGACAGCUUUAAUAUCACCUGCACUGUAAUUAUCAUCGCACAAAUCUCGGCUAUCUCCUAAACUUCCCUAGCGGAAUUUCACGAUUCAGCUUGUCUUUAGUUAUAUCUUUGAUCAAUGUCUUCCAUUAGUGUUUAAGUGAGAUUUUAUACUGUCUGUGAUGUUGUAGUACGUAACAAUCGAAGCUUUAAUUAGAAUUAAGCAGAGUUUAUCAAUAGAAUUUAUUAACAAUUAUGUUUAAGGUAGCAUCAAAGAAUAUCCAAUGUAUUCUUAACAAUAUAUUCAUCAACAAAUUUAUUAGUAUGGGAUAUUUCUUUUGAUGCAUUUGAGAAAUUAUUAUUGUGUGUACGUUUGUAUAGUAUGAAUAUUUAACAUAUCAGUAAAAAGCUUUAAUAGAAUGUAAGGUUUUUUAGUAUUUAGUUUUACUUUACUUAAGUUUGUGAAAGAGUAAGCGGAAGUGGGCCGAACGUGCCAAUCUUAAUAGUUAUAAGAUUUUUUGUACUAUGCCUUGUAUCUUAGCUUAAUUUACCUGUUUUUUGAUUGUAAGUUCAUUAUUACUGAAUUCUUCCAAUUGUGUCAAUAUUAGGUUAAGUUUUUAUUUUCUUCUUUUAUUCUUUUUUAGUUAUAAGUAGUUUAAUUAAGUUUUAGACUGAUUUUGUUAAGGAAUUUCAAGACUUUCGUUUGAUCUCCAGUCUUAAUUAAUAAAGAUAUAAUAAAUUA